UGGAUUUGGGGUCUCCUCGUGCGGAAGCAGCUGGUGCUGGGUGGAGAGGUGCCCGGUGGGCGGCAGUAGGGGGGUCGGGUGGGUUUAUAUUUAUAAAAAUAAGAAUCAAAUCGAUGUGGGGGAGAGGUGAUGGUGGCGCUGGCCCUGGCCUGGGUCUCCGGUGGUGCUGGCGAAGAGCAGAGCUUGGUUUUUUAGUGGGAAAGUACUUCAUGCUUCCUAAUGUUUCUCGAAGUACGCCGUUUAUUUUGGGUUUCUCCCAGAAGAGCCAGCGCCGGGGCGCAGCUCUCGCUCGCACGGGGCUGAGUUGCCUCCCGGUAGGCGGGCACCGUCCCUCCGCUCCUUCUAGUGCUUCGUUAGCUAACGAGGAAGCGAGGGACUGAGGCAAGCGGCUCCUGCAGCCGUUGUUUCCAGGGGGGGGUGGGUUGAAGGAGAGAGAUUCCCGUGGGCUGGGAAAGGCCUCACAGGGGGGAUAAACCCCGCCCUUGUGCCGUGGGGGGCUGGCCCCUCCGCCUGCAGGCGGGAGCCUCUGAAUGCCGAAUUUCCCCCGUGCCUGGCGUGGCGAUGCGCUCAGGGCAGUGAAAACGAGGGAAAACGGUCACCGGUCGCGGUUCUGUUCCUUGGCCUCCCGAGAGCGCGGGGGAGCCCUCAGCGCGGCCGCGACUCGAGGUCUCGUCACUGUUCCCCUCCGCCGGGCAGCGAAAAACCUGGGAGUGAUGUGAGUAUUGAAUAUUUUUUCUUUUAAACUGGGAAAUGGAAAGCAUGAAGAGCCAUAGUGUUGUCGCUUGAAAACAAGCGAUGCGCCUGCUGCCUCGGAACGCUGCUGGGCGAGCCGGAGCGCCCCAAAAAGGCAUCCCUGGAGCGGGGGGCUCCUCACCACCCGAAAGGCGUUUCACUAGGCGGGCUGCGCGCCUGCUCGCCUCCACGGCCAUUUCCCACCUCCCUCCCCAGCGUGGGACACCCCGUGUGGGUAUUUUGGGAAGUUUCCUCCCCUGUGGCUGCUCCACGUCCUGGGAAUCGCCGGCGUUUUGCUCGACUCGGGGUUUUCCAGCAGGAAACGAGCGUGGAGUCGGGAGGCUGCCUGCCCCUUCUUGCAGCCCGGGGAUCCUGAAGAUGAUUAAAUCUGUGGUUUGGUGCCGCUGCGGAGCCGGAUGGAUUGAAGACGAGGUGGAAAAGAAGCUUCUAGACCUGCAUGGCUUUUUUUUUAGCGGCUGCUUUGCACCUUUUUGGUGUGAGAAGACAAGCGCCUGCUUUCCCGGGCUGCAGGAGAAGCAUGAAUCCGCCGUCUCUGGCAGGAUGGUUCCCUCUGCCGCCGUGUUUGUGGGAAGCGCUUGGCUCCGCCGUGUUUACCAACAGCGUGGGAGGAAAAUGAAAAAUAAACACCCGCGACCACAAAAAUUGCCAGAACAAAUGGGGGAUGAAGCAGUGCCCGGCCCUGGCUGGCAGAGGUGGUGGGAAGGGGGGGGUCAGCAGCAUGGCGGCGCCUGCCCCGCGCUCAUUAGGCUUCGUCCCGAGCGCAAGAAGAAAGCGUUAAUUGUUCUGGAUGCUUCCCAGCCGCGCGGGGUGUCUGCGGUCGCCUCGAAAUCGGUUUGAUUCCUGAGGAAUGUCCUCUGUGCCAUGGUGUUUGCCAGAAGAUGAAGCGGAGGAGGAAACGCUGCAGGUGAGCGUCGCAGGAGCCGUAAUAUUCCCUGGCAUUAAAAAAGGAGCAUCCACCCUUCCGGCACCUUCCAAGCGUAGACGGCGAGCACCAGCCUGGUGAACUUCUCCCUGCCAAGCCCAGGACUUUUGCAGAUUUAUCUCCAGGUUGGCUCAUGGCUCCGUUUGUCCGGCAGGCGCUGGAGUGCCGCCAGCCGUGCUUUGGCCCCGCAUCAUCCUCUUGCCCACGCUGCCGCAUUUGCGGCCCCCGGUGACGGUUCCUCUUGGCUCUUGCAGCUGCGCUGUGUGCCGGAGCGUGAAGCCCAGGCGUGGAUUUGCUUUCCCAGGUGGUGGUGGGUGCCCACCUGCCCCACGCUGGCGGCACACACGCGUUUCUCCCCGCCUCGCUGCUCUGGAAGCCGCCAGUGGGAACGCCGUGUCCUUAUUUUACAUCAAAUCGAAUUUCUGUCACCAGCAAAUGGAUCUUCCCAGCCAGCUCGGGCAGCGGACGGGGGUUCAAUGUCCCUCAGAAGCGUGUUGGAGCGGGAUGGGGGUGAUGCCGCAGGUUGCUCUGCGCGGUUGGAGCCGACAGCCCGGCGUUAACCAGGUGCCACGUUCACCACAACCAUCUGUGGUCUUAAACCUCGCCACGCUUCUGCUUUUCCGCAUAUUUUGAAGUCAAAAUAAUUUCUGUUGCUGCAGUUUGGGGGGCUGCUCUUAAUUAAUAUGACGGAGGCAUCGCCCAGACGCAGCUCCUCUCCCUGUUUUUCCCUCUGCCCGGUGUUACUUUGUGCCGUGAGCAGAGUACGGCGUCGGCUCUCAUUAAUCUCCACGCCGUCGAUGUCCCUCAGAGAGUCGCCAGCACCUCCCAGUUUAACACCAGCAGCAAACUGGGGUGGUAACUCGCCUCCAGAUCAUCCGUGGGGAUGUGGGGCAGGAGUGGGACCAGCCAGACACGCCUCAGCUCAGCCGUGACCUGCUCGUAAUUAUCAUCGCAACGAGACCCGCGCCCCGGCAGAAUCCCCCCAUGAUGCCUUCGUCAGACCUCAGAUUUAAUGAGCUUCCCCUUUCCAGUGACGUCACCCCGCGGCUGCGUUCCAUUCUGAGUUUAUUUUUAAUUCCUUCGCUCCGGAUUGCGCUCGCGGUUGCAGAAGUGCGAUUCCCCGCAGUGGGAGCAACACUUUGGGUGGAAUUGAUCCCAUUUUGGCACUGGAGGGUGGAUUCAGCCCCCCCUGUGCCCCGGCCUCUGGGCUGUAACCACCGACCCGCUUCCAGCCCCCAGACCGGGAUGGGCGUCGGAUUUGAGCAGCCAUUCUGUGCGCUGCGUCUGAAUUCACCAGGGAUUUCAAUUUCUUGGGGAGGAGCAAUGAUUUUCCCACGCAGAUCCAUGCUUUUCCACAGAAAUCCAUGCUUUUCUGCAGAAAUCGACGCUUGUCCACGCUAAUGCCAUGCUUUUCCGCAGAAAUCGACGCUUGUUCCACGCAAAUCGACGCUUUUCUGCAGAAAUCGCCCGUUCAACGUGAACGAGCUGCUGGUCUGUUCUGGUGCCGGAUUUCGCCGCUUCCCUGCCCACUCCCAACAGGAUCUUUUGGCUUCUCUGGCAUCUCCGGCGUCGCGUUUGCCAGGAGUGAGCGCGGGGCGACUUGAAAUCGAUUCCCACGUUGGUGCCAAAAAUAAACAAACCGCUGCCAGACCCGGCGUAAGCCGCUUCGGCUGGAAAGACAAACGGAGGAGCGCGUUCCAUGUGUGCUGCGGGGAAUCCCGGGAAUAUCCAGCGCUCCCAGGAGUAUCCAGCGCUCUGGAUGGAUUUGGCAGCGGGGUUCGCUGUUCCCGGCGAUGCGGCGUGCGGGAGGCCAGGCUUGCCGCCGUGCUGGUGAGCCAGGGCUUCACGCCGGUGCCGUGCCUAACCCUAAUUCCCUUUUCUGCACCCGGUUCGGGGGGCUUUUCCAGGAGCUGCGGCAGCUCCAGCUGAGACGAGCCUUCCGGUGCCAGGACCCGCUGCCCGCUGCGAAGAUGUCGACUCCGGAUCCUCCGAUGGGGGGGACGCCACGGCCGGGGCCAUCGCCAGGACCAGGGCCAUCCCCGGGGGCCAUGCUGGGCCCCUCUCCCGGCCCCUCCCCCGGCUCCGCACACAGUAUGAUGGGACCCAGCCCCGGGCCACCCCCCGCCGGGCACCCGCUGCCACCCCAGGGGCCGGGGGGCUACGCUCAGGACAACAUGCAUCAGAUGCACAAGCCCAUGGACUCCAUGCAUGAGAAGGGAAUAACCGACGAUCCGCGCUACGGCCAGAUGAAAGGGAUGGGGAUGCGGCCCGGCGGGCACGCAGGAAUGGGUCCUCCUCCGAGCCCCAUGGAUCAGCACUCUCAAGGUUACCCCUCCCCGCUCGGCGGCUCCGAGCACGCCUCGAGCCGGUACCGGGCCAACGGGCCAUCCUCCGGCCCUCAGAUGUCCUCGGGCCCCGGCGGCGUCCCCUUGGAUGGCAGCGACCCCCAAGCGCUGGGGCAGCAGAACCGGGGCCCGACGCCGUUUAACCAGAACCAGCUGCACCAGCUGCGCGCGCAGAUCAUGGCCUACAAGAUGCUGGCGCGGGGGCAGCCGCUCCCCGAGCACCUUCAGAUGGCGGUGCAGGGCAAGCGCCCCAUGCCCGGAAUGCAGCAGCAAAUGCCGACGCUACCUCCGCCCUCCGUGUCCGGGACGGGAGCAGUGCAAGGAGCAGUGCAAGGGGCCGACCCCGGACCUACACCUCCCAACUACAACAGACCUCACGGUAUAGGGAGGGCCCAACAUGCCCCCCUCCCGGCCCCUCAGGAGUUCCCCCAGGAAUGCCCGGGCAGCCCCCCGGCGGCCCCCCCAAGCCCUGGCCGGAAGGUGAGAACCACCUUAACCCCCGACACGUGCCCGUGA